GCUCGACCAGCCUGCAUCCAGCUGCUCACUCGCAUUUUGUGUGUGUACGACAGUGAGGGAAGGCUGCGGUCCCUGUUCUGCUUCCCUUUUUGGUGGUUCUGACGCGCUCCGGUAGCAGAGUGCACGCUUGCUGCUGAAGGGACAACCUUUGCAUCGGAGCUCCAAAAUGACGGCGGCCACCCAGCUUCUGGAUGACAUGUGCCACCUGACGGCGCAGUCGCUCAUCAGUUUGGAGACGUCGGAACACUUUAAGUUGGUCAAGUUGUUAGGUGAAGGGUCCUACGGGAAGGUCAUGUUGGCCGUACACAACAAGAGCGGAAGUCCGAUGGCGCUCAAGUUCUUCCCCCGCGCGAGCACGGGCCUGUGCUCGUUCUUGCGCGAGUACAACUUGUCUUUGAGGUUCUGCACGCACCCGUCGCUCAGUCGAGCUCUGGGGAUCGCCUACACCACGCCGUCACACUACGUCUUUGCCCAGCAGCCCGGACUCUUUGGCGACCUCUUCGAUUUCAUCAUCCCUGAGGUGGGUCUGGAGGAGGACCGUUGCCAGCGGGUGGUGUCGCAGCUGUGCGGCGCCCUGUCCCACCUUCACUCACUGGGCUUGGUUCACAGAGAUGUCAAACCCGAGAACGUGUUCCUGUGCGACGCCGCCUGCAACUGGGUCAAGCUAGGAGACUUCGGGAUGGUGAAGACACGAGGGACCAAAGUCCAGGAGGUGUGGUACCGGUCGCCCUACUGCACCCCCGAAGCCGAGGUGGCGCGAGGCUGCAAGGACGAUGACGCCGACCAGCCUUUGAAGCCGGGGGACGAGAAGAAGGAAAAGGAGCAGCGCCCGCGGGUCUGGACCUCGGUGGAGCCCGGCGUGGACAGCUGGGCCUUGGGGGUCCUCACCUUCGCCACACUGACCGGCACUCACCCUUGGUCCCACACGUCCUCCGACUGCGCCGCCUACCUCAAGUACCUGCGCUGGUUCGGCAAGGCCAAAAGUUUAGAGGACCAACUGGACGUGUGGGCCGAGCCACAGUGCCGGGUCCCGGCCGGCACCAAGAAGGGCCCCCUCGUGGCGCCCCAGUUCACAUGCUUCACCCCGCUGGCCCGAUCCUUCUUCCGCCUGCUGCUGGACCCCAACCCGCCGGACCGAGGGCGGCCCGAGGAUGCGCUGGGCUACCUGGGAGGCACCUGGAUGACCGCCUGGGAGAGGCGACGCCUGGAGGAGCAAAGGAAGAAAAGCCGAGGGAGGGGAGCCCUCAACAAGGUCAAGGAGAAGGAGGGCCGGGGACAGAGGUGAACCUUUGUGUUAGCAGGUGAAGCUGAGGCGAUGUGCAACAGGGGCUCGUGUUGUUGAUUUUAGCUUUAGCCCCAAUUAGCAUUAGCUUUUGCACUAAGGAGAUGCCUGGAGUUGAAAACAGACUAUGCAUGAAGAUCAGCGAUCACGGCUUCAUGUAACAUUUCAAUCACCGGUGCCCAUCAGGAUCCAGACUUGAUCCUGAUCGGAUCAAGUCUGCUUUACCAUGAAAGCGAGUUUGUGUCCAAAUCCUACCAUGAAGAAUCCCACGGUUGCCUCGUGUCGAGCCCAUUAACCAUCCGUCUCUAUUUUUGCCCGGCGACCUUUUGGUGCUUCAUUCUUGGCGACCAAGCACAUCAACUUUACUUUGUCGCCAUAAACACGUCGGACACUCUCUUGACGUCCUGACAAGAACUCAGCAUGCCUACGCUGCCGUUUCCCAUUUAGCGGCAGUGUCAGUACGAACAAACACAUACACAGAGUAGCCCCCCACUCCCACCUCAAUUCAGAGUUCCAAAAUAGACCUAUGUGCACACAUAAACUUGAGCCUGGGUCUUUCAUCACCGGCUGUCUAGUUCGAAUCCUGAGCCACUUUUCUUAAUCCUCCAAAGUCCUACUUUGGAUGAUCUCACAUUUCAAAAAUGGCCUUGAAACGCUUUCACAGUGGCUGUUUGCUGCCUUUCACAGGGAAACGUGCGGUUGUUGCAUGUCUGUCCCAAUGUCGACAUUAAAACAUGUGAUGUGACUGA